GUGGUAGUUCGCUCCCAGAAGGGAGUGAGGACGGUUAGGUGCUGCCGGCCGCUUUCCCGUCCCUGGGAGAUGUCCUUUGCGUCUCAGAUGUAAUGCACUUAAAGUUUGUUAUUCAACAGUGAAAAUGAGUCAUACAGAGGUAAAAUUAAAAAUACCUUUUGGAAAUAAAUUGCUAGAUGCUGUUUGUUUGGUACCUAACAAGAGCUUAACAUAUGGAGUCAUUCUUACACAUGGAGCGUCAGGAGAUAUGAAUCUCCCUCAUUUGACGUCACUGGCAUCCCAUCUUGCCACUCAUGGGUUUUUUUGCCUGAGGUUUACCUGUAAAGGCCUUAAUAUUGUACAUAGAAUUAAGGCAUAUAAAUCAGUUUUGAAUUACCUAAAGACCUCAGGAGAAUACAAACUUGCAGGUGUUUUCCUUGGAGGUCGUUCAAUGGGCUCAAGAGCAGCUGCCUCUGUACUGUGUCAUAUUGAGCCUGAUGAUGCUGAUGAUUUUGUUCGAGGUCUCAUUUGUAUUUCCUAUCCACUGCACCAUCCAAAACAGCAGCAUAAACUUAGAGAUGAAGAUCUCUUUCGUAUAAAAGAUCCUGUACUGUUUGUGUCAGGCUCAGCAGAUGAAAUGUGUGAAAAGAACUUGUUGGAGAAAGUGGCACAGAAAAUGCAAGCUCCUCAUAAAAUCCACUGGAUUGAGAAGGCAAAUCAUUCCAUGGCAGUGAAAGGACGAUCAACAAAUGAUGUUUUCAAAGAAAUAAACACACAGAUUUUGUUUUGGAUCCAGGAAAUUACUGAAACAGACAAGAAAUAAUUGUC